AUGUGGAGUCAGAAAGCACUGGAGCAUCAGGGAGACUCCAACUUCAGCAGCAGCAUGGGUGAAUAUGGACCCUUUCUUCUCAGGGACCUCUUCAUCUUGCAAGUUGUAAGGCUCGUGUUCACUUACAACUUUUCUAAUUGUAACUUCAAGGCGAUUUCAAAUAUAUAUUCUGAAACAAUUUUCCCUGACCUGAGAGAAUAUUUGAAUGGGAGCCUGUUCGACCAAAUCGAGCUCUGUGAAAACUUGACAGAUUGUCUCACGAAAAUCGAGUACCAUACUCUCAAUCCUAUCCCUGGCUGCCCGUCACUCCCCGAGAAAACAUUCGCGUUGAAAACGAAAGGGACCCUCACUAAACAUUGCUCAGGCUACACUGAAACUCAGAGAAACAAUACCCUGGACAUGAAGCAAGACAUCAAAAGCAUCUGCCUAAAUCAAACCUCACAAAUACAGUGGCUGUGGUUUUCUCUCGCUCAAACUCCAGAAUAUUAAACUCACCUCUCAUUUUAGAGUAUGGACAUAUAUUGUGGUUUUAGUGGGUAUAGUACUAAGGGUGUGACAUUUAAAAGAACACUAUUGUUUAAUCUUUAAUUGCAGAAGGGAGUCUUAACUUGUUUAUGGCAAACUGCUAUUGUUUAGUAUAAACGCUUUCAUGGGAGAUGAGCGCAGCCCCUCCAAUGUCAAUGGGAACGCCUGUACUGUUAAUGACCGCCUCCUGAGCAGGGUCUCUCCUCUGCGCCUGCAGACACCUACUCUAGGGCAAGCCUAAGAUGUAGUAGGGAAGGGAACUGAAGGUGGGAAACAAGUUGGAACCAAUGACAGCAUCUAAACCCUGUUUAAAAGCAAGACUCUUUCUGUCUGUAAUG